AUGGCGGACGGGGGAGCCGAUAGGCUCUCAUCCACUCGUUCGUCUUCCCACUCGUAUCUUCUCCACCACGGACCGGUCGUUCGCCUUCCGUCGGAGCUCCGAUCCGCUCAGAUCUCCAUCCUGCUUCCUCCAUUUUUCUUCCCCUUCCAGAUUGCCACCCUCGUCGCAUGCUUGGCUGCAGGCAUGAAGCUGGGAAACGGUGGCGGCGGUGGCUAUGGUUGCCGACAGCGUGGGCGUCGCGCCGCACGUCUCGGCGUCCUACGAGUGGGCCGGGCACGAAUCGAGCUUCCUACGUCGAGAUCCGGCCUCAGGCGAACGACCGCCGGGGCUGGGGAUGGGGGCCCUAACGCCGGCGAGCGAGCCGUCGCGGGCGCACGGACGGGGCGAUGCAGCGCCGCCGAGCGGGGCGGAGGUGAUAUUGAGCCCCGGGUGUCCGUCUGA